CGCGGGUGCGGCGGGCGGUCUGGUUGAGACCCGGGUCAGUGGCAUCGCGACCAUUGUCCGUGGCUCACAGGCUGUGUGCCGGGCAGGCCAGGGGGAGGCGGGGUGCCGGCCCGGCCGCGAUCGCGAGUGCUCCCGCUCCCUCCUCCCGCCCGCCCGCCUGCCCGCGCGAGCCAGCCUGGGGCGCCCGGCGGCUGCUCCGGAGCCAGCGCCGCAGCCGGGAGGCCGGGAGCCCGGGAGCCCGGGAACCCGGCCGCCGCCGCCGCGGCCCUCGGAGGAGCCACAGCUGCCAUCGUCGCCGCCGCCUCCAGGCCGCGCCCCGCCCCUGUCGCCGCUGCCGCUCCGGGUGAGGCUCGCGCUAGAACUGCGGCGCCGGCCCCGCCGCCUGGGCCUCGGGCCCGGCCCCUCCCGCUCUGCCCGGGCGAUGAGAAGCUGCUUCUGCGUGAGACGGAGCCGGGACCCGCCGCCGCCGCAGCCGCCGCCGCCGCCGCCCCAGCGGGGAACACUGGCUGGAUCUCAUCUCAUUUUAAAGAGGCUAGAAAAUCUUAUCAGCUGCACCAGAAGAGCCCUAGAAAAGUUAGGAGAUAAGCUCUUUGGAAACCUAGGCUAACUGAAAACUUGGAAGAAUAAAUCCACCAUGCCUGAAGUCAAGGACCUUUCAGAAGCCUUACCUGAGAUGUCAAUGGAUCCCAUCACUGGAGUGGGGGUGGUGGCUUCUCGGAACAGAGCUCCAACAGGCUACGAUGUAGUGGCGCAGACAGCAGAUGGUGUGGAUGCUGAUCUCUGGAAAGAUGGCUUAUUUAAAUCCAAGGUUACCAGAUACCUGUGUUUCACAAGAUCAUUUUCCAAAGAAAAUAGUCAUUUAGGGAACGUGUUAGUGGAUAUGAAGCUCAUUGACAUCAAGGACACUCUGCCUGUGGGCUUCAUCCCGAUUCAGGAGACAGUGGACACACAGGAAGUGGCUUUUAGAAAGAAGAGGCUAUGCAUUAAGUUCAUCCCAAGGGAUUCGACCGAAGCCGCAAUUUGUGACAUUCGGAUUAUGGGCCGCACCAAACAGGCUCCUCCUCAGUACACGUUUAUUGGGGAAUUGAACAGCAUGGGGAUCUGGUACCGAAUGGGCAGAGUGCCAAGAAACCAUGACUCAUCUCAACCCACGACGCCCUCCCAGUCAUCAGCUGCUUCCACCCCAGCCCCCAACCUUCCCAGGCACAUCUCCCUAACACUGCCCGCUACCUUCCGAGGCAGGAACAGCACCCGGGCUGACUAUGAGUACCAGCACUCCAAUCUGUAUGCCAUAUCAGCCAUGGAUGGUGUACCUUUCAUGAUUUCAGAGAAGUUUUCCUGUGUUCCAGAAAGUAUGCAGCCCUUUGAUCUCUUAGGAAUCACCAUCAAAUCUCUGGCAGAAAUUGAAAAAGAGUACGAGUACAGCUUCCGCACAGAGCAGAGUGCAGCAGCCCGGCUGCCACCCAGCCCCACCCGUUGCCAGCAGAUUCCCCAGUCCUGAGGGCCCAGCCACCCCACGGGGAGAAGACGCCUCACCCAGACUACUGAGUGCCCUCCCUCACCGGGACCCCCGUGGCCCUGCCCCUUGGGCGUCUCCAGGAGACUCUGGGCAGCUGGCUGUCACAUCCUCCAUCAUCAGCCUGCCUGACAUGACACCCCCACCUCCCUGGGGACGUUUUUCAUAAUCAUAACUAAUCUGUGUGUGUUAUAGUGACCAGCGGCUCCUAACAUGUCUGUGUGAUGACCAGUUGUCCUACCGAAACCCUGCCCCCAGGAUGCUGCUCCAGCCGCCCAGUGACACCACUGCCCCCCCAUCCCAGU